AUGUACAUUCUAACCAACCCAACCAAAUACGACACCGACAAGGAUAAAACCUUAAGGGUGUUAUCAUACAUGAGAGAAGGAACGGCGUCACUCUUUGCCCAGAAAUAUUACUUCGACAGGGAACUUCGAGAAUACAAAGCAACGGAAACAAAAAAAACAUGGGGAACGUUUAAGGACUUCUUGAAAGAACUAGCCGCUGCAUUCAAAGAUGAAAGUCUCGAACAGAAGGCGAGACAGAAGUUAUUCACAAUGAGAAUGGGAAAGCGAUCAGCGGACGAGUUCGUCACGGACUACCUCAUGAUGGCAGGAGAAAGCAGAUUUGAUCUCGAAUCCACUGUCGAUUACUUCCGCCGAGCCAUACACCUGGAAAUUCUCAAACAAAUCUAUAGACUCCCUGAUAUGCCGACGACCAUGGACGAUUGGGUAAAAUACACCCGAAGAUUCGAUAACCAAUGGAGGGAACUACAGAGCAUAAAAAGCUCCAUACCCUUUGCUGCCGUUCGACCAAACAACCCCUUCCGUUACAACUCCUCUAACGCUCCAUCGUCUAUGAACAACUCUGUUGUCCCCAUGGCCGUAGAUACGGUCCGAACGACCCUCACAGACGAAGAGUGCAACCGCCUCAGAAUGGAGGGUGGGUGCUUUUAUUGUCACCAGAAAGGACACAUGGCAAAUCAAUGCCCUGUCAGGGGUUCGUCUAGGGUAUAUGAAGGGUUAACUGGACAUGUUCAACAGGGUAGUAGAACGGUGGGGAACCGCUCGGCUCAGGCCAGCAGCAGGAUGGGAGGCGGAGGAAGCGGCUAUGGCCGAGCGUUCUUGACAGGAACUCCAAGCAGUACUCAGGGAGGCACUACGAUGCAAGGUAGAAGCAUGGCGACAACUAACCUGUUCCGAGCCAGACUCGCAGCUCGCCAAGCCCACGCAUCCAGACCGGAUGCGCUUGUACGUGAGGAGGAGCCUGAGAUUAGCCGAGAAGAGAUCCAAAAGGUUAUAGGAAAGAUGAGAUGGGACAAGCAGGAAGCACUCCUUCAGGAGUUGAACGAAAUGAGCAAGCGGAAAGAGUCGGAUUUUUAA